CCUGCCUUUUUAGUCUCCACGCUCGGCGCGGGGACAGACCAAACGCCGAGGCGCGAUUCCGCAAAGCGACCGGCCGCGCGACACGACUGAGCGAGCUCGCUCGACCCUCCUGCCGCGGUGCUGCUACACAGCUAGUACUAGUAAGUAAAUUACUCCGCCACCGGUGCAACUUUCCAUACACGCCGAGGCCACUUGUGUUCUCUGUAUAUAAAGGGCGAGGGGGUGGUGGGCGCUAUGGAGAGGAGCAACAGCUGGUUCCGGUGGUGGAGGAAGAAGGCGCGCGAGGGGCAGGGGCAGGGCGGCCGCCCCCGUCACGGCGAGAAGGUGGUGGUGGACGGGUCGGAGAUCCGGGAGCUGGUGGAGGACCGGGAGGCGUUCGGGAUGCUCGUGGACACCAAGUUCCGGCAGCUCGACGCCGACGGCGACGGCAUGCUCUCCGUGGGGGACCUGCGCCCCGCCGUGGCAGACAUCGGCGCCGCGCUCGGCCUGCCCGCGGAGGGGGCGUCGCCCAACGCCGACCAUGUCUGCUCAGAGGUGGUGAGCGAGUUGACUCAUGGGACAUCCCAGGGCGAGGUGAGCAAGGCCGAGUUCCAGGAGGCCCUGUCGGACAUACUCCUCGGCAUGGCGGCGGGGCUCAAGAGGGACCCCCUCGUGAUACUGCGCAUGGACGGCGAGGACCUCAGGGACUUCGCCGCCGGCAGCAGAUACGAGCCCACAGCUGCCGCCGUUUUCUCGCAGGUCGUCGAUCUCGGUUCCGAAGUCGCGUCACCGCGCCAAUGCGUGUUGGCCGCUCUACAGAAGCUGUCCGUCGACCACGGAGUGCCCCCGGCUUCAGAUGCCUGGGUCGCGAAGCACAUCGUGGAGCCGGCGUUGCAGCAGCUUCUUCCUGCCGAUCAGCCUGGGCAGCAGCCGGCCUCCCGCGAUGACCUGUUCCAGCAGCUGAAGAAGCUGCUGGGCGCCGUCGCUGAUCGACUCCAGGAGCAGCCUGUGAUCGUCGCGCACACCGAGAACCACUAUGACGGGAGUGGCGUCAAGAGGCUGCUGGCCAACAAAUUCGAGUUGGACAAGCUGCUGGAUUCUGUCUGGAAAAAUUUGGCAGCAGAAGAUAAGAACAAGGCGUCCAAGGGGUGCCUCAUAACCGCGCUUGACAAGAUGGCCGAUGCUGCAAGCCUUCCAUAUUACAGUGCUGUGAAAGAGGUGGAUGCUGUCGUGGAAGAGUCGAUCAAGACAGCGGGCGUCGAAGAAGGAAAGGCAGUGGAUGAAGCGGAGUUCAAGAAGUCGCUCACAGAAAUCCUUAGGGCUAUCAUGCUGAGGCUGAACGACAGCCCCGUCUUCGUCUCUACCGACGUCGUCGUGCACGAGCCUUUGUCCGGGACAUCAUCGUCGGUGAACUGAAGGGAAACGUACGACGGAAACGUACUGGGAAAACGGAACGGGCCAGGGUCAUUACUGUUGGUAUUUGAGCAGUGCCUGCGUAGUUGCUUUUUGUCUGAUCUCGCACAGGGACUGCUUUUUUGACUGAUCUCACACUGUGCUCUGCUAGCUUGUCGCAAGUUUGCAACAUGACAAGAUGUCAAGAUGAAGGCCAUCAUCUGGUUUUGUUAACCCGAUUGACAUAUAAGUUUGGAAUAAGGCGUUCAAGCCAUACAUAAUUACAUAUCAUCGACGGCAACCUAAUAGCUAUUCUAAAUUUUGUUUUGCUGGAGCUCGGAGAAAUAUGUUACUCGAUGCAUGCAAAAUACACAGUCAUUCAAUCAGAUGUUAUACACUCGAG